AUGAGACAGAGUAUAUCAGAGAUAACUGAGGAGACUUCUCAGAAAAAAGAGAGUCCUUCUCCGCUCUCAUAUGCGCAGAUUGCUAAAAAAGAUCAGGAUUAUUCGUUCUAUCAUACGCAAAAUGAAAAUGUAACGACACCCUUUAAGCAGGAUAAAUUUUCUCCUAGCCCUUAUAUAAUCGCGCAAUCUACAUCCUCGACAGGAAGAAAUGAAGCUGUACAAAGCAAGAGCAAGACUGAAGAUAAAAGUCAGCUCUGGAGAAUCGUGAACCAUCUUGUACGGUACAGCCAUGGUUACAUUGUAUAUGGAAAUUGGAUGUGUGAAAAGAAAGACAAAGAAGAUGAGGAUAAAUGUGAAUACGAAUAUCAAAGAGAAUUCGAACAUGGCGAACUCGAGACGCUUCUCAAAUUUGAUCAAAAACUUUAUCAAAGAAUGUUGUAUUAUCGGCUGUCUGAGGAAUGCGAUAAGUGUGAGAAGUCGAUAGUGGUUACGAGUUUUCGGUUAUACACAGCAACAAUUUUGGAUAGAGUUUAUGAUGCAAACAUCGGCGCGGAAUUUAAGAGAUUAUUUUAUGCAACAGUGCAAGAAUUGCCACGGUGA